AUGGCGCCGACAAGGUCACUACUGCACUAUGUGUGCGGCCUCGUGCUAUUCGCCUGCUGCGCCCAGGCGCUCAGGUUCGACUUGCAAGCCACGACCAGUCACGAGGGCAAGAAGGAGCGAUGCAUCCGCAAUUUCGUCGCUCGGGAUACCUUGGUCGUCGUCACUGCUAUUGUGGACGGAUCAAAGGGUGACGGCAUGACCGUCAACAUGCACAUAAAGGACGCUGUUGGCAACGACUACGGAAAACCCAAGGACAUUGCGGGCGGCGAAAAGCGUGUAGUCUUCACCUCCCAUGCAGACGCCGCCUUCGACGUCUGUUUCGAGAACAUCCUCUCUGGCUCUGGCCGCAGCGGCGCAACAAGCCGCCACAUUGAACUCGACAUCGAUAUCGGCGCCGACGCAAAGGACUGGAACGCCAUCCAGGCGACGGAGAAGCUCAAGCCCGUCGAGGCAGAGCUCAGGCGCAUCGACGAGCUCGUCGGCGAGAUCAACACCGAGAUGGACUACCUGCGCGCGCGCGAGCACAAGCUGCGCGACACCAACGAGAGCACUAACACCCGUGUCAAGUGGUUCGGCAUCGGCACGACGCUCAUUCUCGUCGGUCUGUGGGGUUGGCAGAUCAUGUACCUGCGGGCAUACUUCAGAUCUAAGCACCUGAUUUAG